AUGGGAUUUUCUGAUAAUCUCAGAAAUAUUCUUGCUUGUGAAUCUAUUUCUGAAUGUUUUGAAUUCCGCCUCAAUGUGGCUCUAGCAACUGGUGGAAAUCUGGUGAUGAUGUCACGCAUCAGGAAUGUUGAUGUCAAGCCAUUCAGUUUCACAUUUGCUUUUCAUGCAUACUUCUCUGUUUCAGACAUCAGUAAUGUGUACCUUCACCAGGUUAUUAAUAUUCUGAUACUAAAAAUGAUAAAUGCAAACUCAAAUGGGCAUGUUCCUCAAUUCAUUUUUUUAGAAGAAACAUUCAUGAAGGUUAACGUGGGUCUAAGCACACAAAAUGGGCUUGCCAAUGAUAUUUUUGCUUAUCAGAAGAGGAUUGAAGCAGAAAGAAGAUUGCACGAGGAGGGGAAGAGGAAAUCAGGGGAUAAUAUGAUUCCUGAUCUUCUGUACCGCAGGUAUACCAUAGAGGAGAUAGAGAAGGCUACGCAAAAUUUCUCUGAGUCUCUUAAAAUUGGAGAAGGAAGGAUUUACCUCAGCACUCCAAAUGUGAUUGUUGUUCUCGAUCACGAGAAGAAGAGAACAUUUGUUAUAAGAAAGGAAGGACUGCCGGAUGCAGUUGUCUGGAAUCCUUGGGAGGAGAAGUCGAAGUCUAUGGUGGAUUUUGGUGAUAAUGAGUACAAGCAAAUGCUUUGCGUGGAUGGUGCUGCCAUCGAGAAGCCGAUAACGCUCAAGCCCGGGGAAGAAUGGAUAGACAGAUUGGAGUUGUCAGUUGCUCCCUUAAGCUAUUGUUUUUGA